AUGAAGACCACCAUUUUCACAUCCGCCGCCGCUGCUGUCCUCGGCUUCGCCACCAGCACUGUGGCCAACCACUGCAGCUGGGAUUUCUAUGAAGGCCCCAUCGUCAAGAAGUGGCUCGUUAUCGGCUCCGGCGUUGACGACAUCCCUGGCAAGUGCGGCGGCUUCUGGGACAACAUGAACAACAAGAACUUCCACGGAGCCUGCGUGCUCUCCAGCACCAACUGUGGCGAAGAUGCCAACGGAGACAUGGUCAUCAACUUCAUGUCGGGCUCUGGCUGCAACGGCGGUCACGUUGAGUCUGCGUGGUGGGAGGCGACUAAGAACAAGUUCGGCGCCAUCAAGUGCGGAAUCGCCAAAUAG